ACGAUGCAGUGCAGACGAUUUUCCAAAUCCUCCGAACAGCAUCAGUAGUGGCAAUAAACAUAGCGGGACUAUUUCGUUGAUAGAUUCAGCGGCGAUCGCUUGGAAUAAUUCUGCUGGUGCCUCGGAUACGGUUUGCGUUUGUUUCAAGUUGUUUUGUUUUGCUGUGAUCUCGGAAUACGAUCACCAUAAGUGCACCCCUCGUGAAGAAAAGAAAGGUUAUCAAUGUCGUCGUUGUCAGUGCUCGAGCGCAGAAAAACGUACGGCAGCGUUGACCAGCAGGAAUAACAAGGCAACCCGUGCCAUGACGACGGUGGAAUCUUCCAGGUGAAAAGCGGACAUAUUUUGAUCGAACCUUCCACACACUUGCUGUGGUACCGCGCUAUCUUUCUCGCCCCUCCAAACGUCAUCGCCUCUUGGUGCUUGCCAACCUAAGCAUUGGUAUCGAAAUAAACCAGCGAUUAUUGUUGGCUCGAAAUUGAACCAUUCGCCAUCGUCGGGAAGCCAACUUGAGGCCAUCGAUAACAACUUCCUUCGCUCCUCUUCUGGUAGGCAAACAACUCCGCCGGACGUCACGACAAGUGUGCGCUCUUCUUUACUCGGAACGACAGCGUGCGUAAAGGACAGGCGUUGUUACACGUAUUUUUGGGUGAAAAAAGAUAGUGACGCGAACGUGGUUCACCAGCAGCAGCAGCUUGUGACCGUUUAGAUAGCGAUUCGAAUACACGGGUUACUUCCAACAGUGGCCAGUGCUGUCCGGUUGCCAGCUAAGAGACGGUGCAGGUCACUCAUCCGGGCGAAUCGGAAACGGUGCGUUAGUUGAGAUAGCUUUCCACGAACGACGCAUACACACACGAUGGCCGAAUGGAGAAAGUCCUUCGGUUACAUUACGUGCAUUUUGGCGUGCAUGUGCACUCGCUAGUGCAAAAUUGACAGCUUGGACAACCAGGCAUUAAAAGCCGCGUGUUAUGAGUAGCAAAUGGUGCCAGUAGAUCGAUUCCAUCUCGCAGCAGCAUCGUAGCAGGCUACGGAAGUGCCCCCGCGAAAGGGAAAAAUCCAUAUCGAAUGGUGGUAACCACAAUCAAUCUGUGAUAAAGUGCAAACCCCUAGACAGGAAGUGUGUUCUGUCCUGCCACUGUAGUUUGUAUCGUUUCCUCGCCAGCAGCCGCACAUUUUGCCCUGGAGACGGUAUGCCGUGUUUUUCUUCUUGUUGUGAUUUCUUGCCCCGGUUUUCCACUAUCCGGUUACGGUGCUAAAGGUAUGUGUGACGCAGUUGUAUUGUGUGUUGGUGAAUUGUUUUGAUUUUGAAGAACCGUCCGUUUCGCUCGGUGGUCAGUUCUGUGUCGCGGGACGGUUCUCGACCGACGUAGCAGCGUGGCAACGAUUCCGAUUCUACGGUGAAAUUGUGUGAUAGUUCCGUGGUGACGUUGGUAUUUGCGGGUAAUCCUAUCCUGUCGGUUGCGAGCGGAACGCUGCGAAAUGACACCGGGACCAACGACUAAAAUCGAACGCACGAUGACCAGAGGAGGCGGAGGUGGCGAUGGUUCAUCGGGCACGGAGGAGCGCAAACGGUGCGCCGAGACAAUCCACUCGGGACAGUUCAUGGUUUCACACUUCGAAACCGAGGGUGCCGAGGACGACGAUGACGAUCUCGGAAUGCAGAUGGAAGACGUCAAGCCGUCCGAUCUGAUCGCGUCCGACAAUGCGGUGGGCCUACCGUUGGCCCCGGCCGAUGUUUGUGCCGCUGGUGCCGGUGCACUGGUACCGCUUGCGGCGUCAACCUCAUCCGAGCAGAACCAGCUCGCCCGGUACGUGCCGCGACCGCUUCAUCUGAGCAGCCGUUCCGCGAUUUCGCAGGUCGAAAUCGAUACGGACCUUUCGACGGUGUUCAACACACUCAACGUGACCUACACGCAAAAGCUGACGUCCCCGAAAUGGAACCCCUUCAAAGGCAUCCGUCUGCGCUGGAAGGAGAAGAUCCGCUUGAACAACGUUAUCUGGCGCUGCUGGCACAUGCAAUUUAUCAUGAAACGGAAAACUCUAGUCUGUCAGUUUGCAUCUCCUCUAGACGUAGACGUACACAAUACACCGCAGGCUAUUCUACUCGAGGGAAAGUACUGGAAGAGAAAGUGCAACGUUAUCAAGGCAGAGUACAAGAAAUGGCGACGGUUUAACCUAAAGCAACCAUUAGGUGCAACGAACAUUGUCGAUACGAAUAGCGAAUUAGACUUCUUAGAAUGGUCCCCGAUCAGUAAUGAUAUAUUUAUGAUCACCGAUAAUAUGCCCACUGAUACGCUAUUUUCAACAUUAGCCCAAUAUCCGUUCCCCGAUUCCAGAGAGAUAGCACGUGGCGCCGGUCGCGCUGAUUUCAUCCAGCCCAGCUUGGGCCCCCUCCAGCCUAAUCUAGAUGAUUUAAUGGAUCUGGAUCUGGACUUUCUCAAUUUCCCGCGACUGGCCCCCGUACCGGAAGAGGCGUCGGACGAUCUGCUGAAAGCGAUCGACUACAACUACACACUAGGUUCUACCAAUCAACUGGCUAACACCGGCAGCAGCAUACAGGAGGUGGCAGCAGGAAUAACAUCAUCCGGUGGCAACCAGCAAUCGAACCAAGUAAUUGCUAGUGGCAGCACAUCGGUCCCAGCGAUUCAAUACUCGGCCAAAAUUUUCACCCAAACGCUGGGUCCGGCCGGUGCCUCCGGAGCGGCAACCCAAUCGUCGAUCGCACAGCAACUAAGCAACGCGUUCGAUUCGUACAUUACCGAUCAGCUCGUCGGUGGUGGUGGUGGUGGUGGUGGAAACAGCCAAGGAUCGUCUCUGGCGGCCAUUAACAUACAAUCUACGCCUGUACAAGUACAAUCACAGCAGCAGCAGCAGCAGCAGUCCGGUUCGGCCGGAAUAAGUAGUGACGAGUUAAAUCGUAGUAUAAAGUUUAGAAAGUGCUCAAAGCACAACUACGAUCCAAAAUACCCACCGACGCCACAUCAAACGAUGGCGUACAACAUGGUCUCGCAACCACUCAUGGGGCAAACGGCGGCACGCACCAGCAAUGCCAUGAUCGGUGGCAACGGUGGCGGAAGUGCCUCUGGUAAUCAUCCGUACGGUGCUACCAUUGCCGGUGGUUUUCAAAAUGUUCCUGCCAAUGCAGCGAUGCUCCAGAUGCAGGGCAAUGUGACAAGUGUCGUCCAGUCCUCAUCGAACCAGGGAGGUAUGCUAGUACACUACAAUCAUUCCGGUCUGCAGCAGGGUGUUCCAACAUCGACCAACCCGGUCAAUCUUUCAAACACCACCAACACUGGGAACAAUGGAAACGGUGGUGGCUCAAACAGCAACAUAAGAAGUGGUGAUGGUGGACAACAGCUUCCCGCAUCCAAUCCCCUGAUGCAAAGCCUUACAUCGAAGCUGCUCACGCACAGUCAAUCGCUGCCGGUGCCUACCUUGCCGCAACCGAAAACGAUCCCCCAGCCAAGAUCGACCUCGAUGCCGACGGCACCGAACUACAACCAGAUGCUGGCAGCAUCACAGCACUCCCCUCCGGGUAGCCUUCAUGCGUCCCAGUCCGGCAGUAGCUACAAAUCGUACCACGCACACCAACCGCAACCGUACAAAAUUCCCUCGCAGACGGUCGGCGUCGGUGGAUCGUACGCAAGCGGUGUACGGGCGAUGCGCCAUUCUUCCCCGCCGCACGGUACGCUUCUGCAACCGACUGCUGGUUCCGUCGCGGUGGGACCAUCGACCAUGGGAGGGAUGGCUGCUUCCGGUGGUGGUGGUGGUGGUGGUAUAUCGCACUCACUGGAACAAUCGCAGCAGCAGCUGCAGGAUCUUCAGUUGCAGCAACAAUCGCUCGCUUCCUCAUCCUCCAACUUGCAGCAGCAACAGCAAGGACAAUCGAAACGACAUCCACCGCAUCCAACCAAAGAAAUGUUCCGCUCGAACAGCCUGCCGAUCAAUGCUUCCUUCCCGCUACCACCGAAGGAGGGCGAAAGUUUUGCCAUGCCGCGCUACCAUCAGUCGCAGAAGGCAAACGCUAAGCUACGCACGCGCAGCAACUCGAUGAUCAUGAAGCAGCAGGCGGGAAGCGCUACCAAUCAUGCAAUGAUGGGGGGAGGAUGCCCUACCGGUAGCAUGGGAGGAGCGGGUACACAGCAUAUGACCCCGACGCUACACACCAGCUCCAGCGAACCGAUGCUCAACGUUACCAGCAGUGCGCUGCUUGCGCAACUUCUAACAACUAACAACGCAAGUACCUUACUGAGUAAACAGUCACACAGUACAUCAUCAAGUGCCAUAAGUACCUUAACGCAGUCUCAGCAUCAGCAGCAGCAGCAACAACACCAGCAACAACAGCAGCAACAACAGCAACAGCAACAGCAGCAACAACAACAGCAGCAGCAGGUAAAUCGGUACGCAAUGAGACCGAUGGGAGGCAACACAUUAUCCCCAUCGUCUUCGCAGUUGCACCUUCAGCAACUUCAUCAACAGCAGCAACAGCAGCAACAGCAGCAGCAACAACAGCAACAACAGCAACAUAAUCUUCACCAGAUGCCAACGUCCUCGACUGCUGCGUCCUCAUCCGGUACGAUGCGAACUCAGCCCAGCCCCAGCUCGGUACUCAGUUUCGCAUCCUCCACCGGGAUGUCGCUGUCACAGCAAAGCCUUUCGCCCGAAUCGGCUCAUGAUACCGAUGGUCCCAUGUCUCCGAUAGGCGUAGGUAGUGGUGGUGGUGGUGGCGGUGGAAGUAGUUCCGGCGGGGGCGCUGGUAGCAAAUUUCCCCGCAGCGACAGCCAGCGUCGAUCGGGGCACAUACACGCCGAACAGAAGCGUCGGUACAACAUUAAGAAUGGGUUCGACACGCUUCACUCGUUGAUACCGCAGCUGCAGCAGAAUCCGAAUGCGAAGCUGAGCAAGGCGGCCAUGCUUCAGAAGGGCGCGGACUACAUUAAGCAGCUGCGCUCGGAGCGAACGUCCGCAAACGAUCAGAUGGAUUCGCUGCGUCGGGAAAUUGAUCAACUGAAUAAUUCGUUGAACAAUCUCCACACCGCUCUGCCGGCCAGUGGUGCUCCCGUUUCCCGCCAACGAACCGGUCGCGUAAAGGAACUCUACCACCAGUACGUGCGCCAGCGGACGAUGGACAACUGGAAGUUUUGGAUUUUCGGGCUCAUCUUCGAACCGCUGAUGACGUCUUACAAUCAAACGGUUUCCGUCGCCAGCAUGGACGAGAUGUACCGCACUAGUCAGCUGUGGGUUGAUCAGCACUGCUCGCUGGUAGAGUUAAGGCCAGCCGUCUCCAACCAGUUGCGCCAACUGUCGACGACUACCGAUGUGCUGUCGGAUCCGCCCAGCUCACUGCAGGAAGAGGUACUUAAAGCGAUAUCCACAAACAGCAACUGCCUGGUGCCGAGGGCUGGCAGCAGCAAGAGUGGUAGCCGUGGCAGUAGCGCUGAAACCAGCCCCCAUCGCUCGUAACGCCACUAGGUGCCGCCAGACGCUGUACCGUUUAUUUUUAUAUUGUGCACUAUGUUUCUUCAUUUUCUUUUUUUAUCUACCGAACGAUACGAUGGUAGAAUUACCAUAAGCUUUUUUCCGUAAUCUUUAUACAAUGUAUGUACUUUUUUGUGUUUUCUGCUUUUAAUUCAUCCGUUGACCGUUUUCAUGGCAACUCUGGUCACUCAGUUCGGGCCGAGCAGGUCAUUUCUUAAAAUCGUAAGUCCUACGUAAGUCUCCAUAUGGAAAAAAAACAAACGAAUGUUGAUAUGCUCAAAUGUAAUGAUUCAACACAACGUAACCGUAAACGAAGUGCCUUCAGCGCGAAAUGCCGUUCCCCGGAAGCCUGUUAGAGUGAAGGGUAACAAACUAUCGGAGGUAAGGUGGAGGAACAAUGCAAAACGGAAAAAAUGCACAAUAAAAUGACGUUACCAUAAUCUCAGAGAUUGCUUGGAUCUCGUGCAUCGUCAAACGAAAAUGAACAAAAAAACCCGAGGGUGAAUAGGUUGAAUAAUAGAGCCUUAUCCUAUUGGAUGGGCUGCUGCUUGUUGCUUGCCGCUCGUCCCGUAGCUGAUCGCCAGCCUUAAGAGAGUAGAGGAUAGACGCAUUACGGUGUAACAGGGCGAGAAGUCUAAUUGUACUAUUCGUUAAUCGCAAAUCGUUACUCUGUACUUGUACUAGGAUAGUGUACAUUUAUCAUUCAAACAACAAGCCAGGAUCGCCCAUUUGGGCCUACCAUAUUUCCCUUUUCCAUUUCGGAUAUAUCAGCAUCAUCAAGUUUACGUUUUAAGCUAUCAUGUCGUUAUUUCGUUACUAGGUAUGGUAGAUUUUUUGGUUUGUUUGUUUGAGUGCAGUUCCUUCCUAUGCUGUUGUUACGGCCUCGUAACGUUUACAUCCUCUAACGAACACUACGUAACUAGUUCAGGAAGGGACAAACCUCCACGAAGCAUCAUGUUAAACUAUGAUAAUGUUAAUAUUUUUGUAACUACUUUUAAACAUAAAAAAAAAACUGAUGAAACAUGUGUUGUUGGGCAUACAGCGGAUGUCUGCCUGCCACGCCGGAAGAGAAAACCGCCAAAGGCAGGCGCGAAUGGAGUAUGAAAAGGCGUGGUAUAGUUGAAGUACAACCGUUUAUGGUAGGAGAAGGGGUUUAGUCUAGCCAACCACCGGAGGGCACGGGAUACGCAUCAGCACGGCUUAGUAAGGCGCGCGCAUUCUAAAGCCCUGCUUAUGGAGAGUGGAGAGGCAUUGUGAUGAAAGCAGGGCGAGUUUAUUUUUUGGGUAAAAUCGAUAUGACUUAGAACGCUGGUGGAGAAAAAAUGAUACCGAAUAGAAGAGAAAAGAGAGCCCCCGUGUUUGGGCUUACAACG